GACUUUCUUAUUCUCUCAUUUCUCUUGAUGUGCAAUAUUUCUCAUUAUGGCUUCUCGCGUGCCUUAUCGUGUGUUCCUCUCGUUGAUACCCCUCGUCUGCGUGGUCGUGCUUCUAUCUAAGCAACCGUUCUUUGAUCGUUCACGCAUUCAUCGCAUCACUGAUACAGACAUCAGCGUUUCUCUCUCGCUUCCCCGACUUAACUUUUCAAGGUCGCAUCACGAAUAUUACGCCUCAGAUGCCGCUCGCUCGUUAUGCGCCUCACAUGGUUACACAGUCUUCAACCCUCAUCCCGAUGCGCCAAACGGUCGCCGCAAGAUUUACGAUCUCUUCAUGGUCAAUACAGAACUGGACUUUCUCGAGAUUCGAUUAAAGACCCUUUAUAAUUAUGUCGAUUAUUUUGUUAUCGUUGAGGCGCCACUCACCUUCCAGGGUGGCCCCAAGGACCUUGUCAUCCGUGACAACUGGAAACGUUUUGAGCCUUACCAUGACAAGAUGAUAUACCAUCAGCUCGAGUAUCCGAAAGACUUCAAGCCCUUGCGCCACUGGGAUCGAGAAGACUUACAGCGCAACGCCAUGUUCGACCAAGUGUUCCCAAAGCUCACUGGCGAGCUAACCCCAACUCAAGGCGAUGUCAUUCUGGUUGCCGAUGUCGACGAGAUUCUGCGCCCUGCAACGAUGCUGGUACUUCGAACAUGCAACUUCCCUCGUCGCCUGACCCUUUCGUCCAAGUUUUAUUAUUAUUCCUUCCAGUUCCUGCAUGAUGGGCCCGAGUGGCCAUUCCCACAGGCAACCUAUUACCAAGGCAUGCGUAAUACCAUCCUUCCUGGAAAUUUGAGAACUGGAGAUGCAGGAAUUCCUCUUCUCAGGGACUUGGAAAAGGGAACAUUGGCCAAUGCUGGUUGGCACUGCAGCUCGUGCUUUUCGACAAUAGGCCAAUUUCUGAACAAGAUGGCCAGUUUCUCGCAUGCGUGGAUGAACCACGAAUCCUUCCGCGAUCGAGAUCGUAUCGCAAGUGCGAUACGUGAAGGUGUUGACCUAUGGGGACGUAAGGAGAAUACAUUCACUCGAAUAGAAAAUAAUGCCGACCUUCCAACAUGUCUGCUUGAGGAUCGGGAGAGGUUUCGAUAUAUGCUGGAUCGAAGUGGCAAGACAGCGGGGUUUAGCGACUACCCAUGA